AUGAAGAUUCCCUCAAUCGCAAUCAUAUCGAGCCUUGCUGUCGUCGCAACUGCCGCAGAUUAUCCUGCAAUGAAAUUUGGGCCGCCAUCAAACUGGUGCUCGUUCCUUUCGGCGCAUCCUGAGGACAAGUACUACUGCGGUCCACGAACGACCGUAGCGGCUGCUGAGCCCGACCCUAUUAUUACUGCUGUCGAAACAAGCCAUGGAGACUCGAGCACCGUCAUCUAG